AACCAACUGCUCCUCCCUCUUGGCCACUGCUGCCAUGAACACCUUCCUGCUCUCUGCACUGUGCCUCCUUGGGGCCUGGGCUGUCCUGGCAGAGGGAGUCACCGUGCAGGACGGAGACUUCUCCUUCCCUCUGGAGUCCGUGAAGAAGCUCAAGGCCCUCGGGGAGCUCCAGGAGCGCAGCAUGCGGAGCGGCAGGAAGCGUGGCGGCCCCGCGCUCCCCGGAGCCUGCAGCCACCUCCAGUUUCCCGAAGAGCUCAGGCCGCUCUGCAAGGAGCCCAACGCCCCGGAGAUCCUCGGCAGGCUGGCGUCCAUCGCCCAGGACCCGAGGUCGUGCGAGAUCUGUGCCUUCGCCGCCUGCGCCGGGUGCUAG